AUGCACAAUUCCAGCAGCUCGACUUCGUCAACCAAGAGUAUCCGCAGGGCAGCGUCCGAAUUGGAACGAGCCGACUCAAUCACGUCUCCGAGAUUUGUGGGAAGGCGCCAGAGUUUAAUAGAAGAUGCAAGGAAGGAGAGGGAGGCUGCAGCUGCUGCCGCCGAAGCUGCUGACGCAAACGAGCAGAUCGUGUUCGAGGAGGACGAUGGAAAGGCACUGCUUAAUCUCUUCUUCACUUUGAGACGCUCAAAGAGUCCCACGUUGUCACGAGCUCUGAAGGUGUUCGAGACGUUUGAAGCAAAGAUCAACCACCUGGAGACUCGUCCGAGCAGGAAGCCCCGCGAUGGGCUCGAGGAUCUGGAGUACUUCGUCCAGUGCGAGGUGCACCUCUCUGACGUCAGCACACUGGUCAGCUCCAUCAAGCGCAUCGCAGAGGAUGUCCGGACCACCAAGGAAGUCAAAUUUCAUUGGUUUCCAAAGAAGAUAACUGAAUUGGACCAUUGCCACCAUCUCGUCACCAAAUUUGAUCCCGAUCUGGACCAGGACCAUCCGGGAUUUACUGAUCCUGUCUACAGACAACGCAGGAAGAUGAUUGGAGACAUUGCAUUCAGAUACAAACAUGGAGAGCACAUACCUCGAGUGGAAUACACAGAGGAGGAGAUUGGGACAUGGCGAGAGGUAUACGGCACCCUGAGAGACUUGUACACCUCUCACGCGUGCAGUGAGCACUUGGAGGCGUUCCGUCUGCUGGAGAAACACUGCGGCUACAGUCCAGACAACAUCCCUCAGCUGGAGGAUGUGUCCCGCUUCCUCAAAGAGCGCACAGGGUUCACGCUGCGUCCCGUCGCUGGUCUCCUCUCGGCGAGGGACUUCCUGGCCAGUCUGGCCUUCCGCGUGUUCCAGUGCACCCAGUACAUCCGCCACGCUUCGGCCCCGAUGCACUCUCCCGAACCGGACUGUGUUCACGAGCUGCUGGGCCAUGUCCCUAUGCUGGCUGACCGGACGUUUGCUCAGUUCUCACAGGCAAUUGGCCUGGCCUCUCUGGGAGCUUGUGAGGAAGACAUAGAGAAGCUAUCGACAAUGUACUGGUUCACGGUGGAGUUUGGGCUCUGUAAACAGGGAGGUACAGUGAAAGCCUAUGGAGCCGGCCUCCUCUCCUCCUAUGGAGAGCUGGUGCACUCCCUGUCUGACGAACCCGAGAGGAGAGAGUUCGACCCAGACGUAGUCGCCGUCCAGCCCUACCAGGACUUCAACUACCAGUCCGUCUACUUUGUGUCAGAGAGCUUCACAGAUGCCAAAGAGAAGCUAAGGCGAUACGUGGCAGGCAUCAAGAGGCCCUUCUCUGUGCGAUUCGACCCCUACACGUAUAGCAUCGAGGUACUGGACAAUCCCCUGAAGAUCCGCGGAGGGCUGGAGUCCCUGAAGGAUGACCUGAAGCUUCUGAGCGAUGCUCUGAACGUACUGGCGUGAUGACCACGUGCAGCCCAGCUGGCUUUUUAAACGGCGACUCGAUGUGUGACGCUGUCAUAGUUCAUCAUGUGCUUCUCUGUACAUAGGCCCAGUGCAAGCUAAUUGCUUUGAAAAAGCCGGGGUGGCAAACGCCUGACACCUCAUGUCGGAAUGUCCUCCAAAGAGCAUUUAAUGGAUCACAUUUGUGACUUCAAAGAAUCUGUGUCAAAUUAGACAUGUUAUUUUUAUUUUAAUAUUGGGUGUGACAUUAACUACCUAAACAAGCACAGCCUGGUCUGUGAUUGCAUCAUACACAACUUAUUUAAGUUAAGACACUGGAGUGAUUACUGGUCAUUACUGUAUGAAAUAUUUCAAGAAGAAAAAGUCUAUUUAAUAUGAGACACACUAUGGAAUACCUAUAAAACAUUGUCACAUUGAGAACGUAUGGAGAUGUGAUGUGUUGUGAAUCACUUAAAAGGGGUCAUGGUGUGUUGACAUGAGCCUCUGCUCUUCUAAGCAGGAAAUGUUGUGUAUAAUGUGCUACUUCAUGUGUUGGCAUUAUCAAAACACUCUGUAUUACAUAUCUGUUUGCCCAUUUGGGCAGGUUAAGUGCUGCUUCUGUAAAGACAAAACCAUCACCAAGAUGAAUUAAACGAUGACCAAAUAAAAACCUGUCCAAUA